AUGUUAUUUUCCAUCUUUAGACAAGAGUCGGCCCCUCCUGCACCUGCCCCCAUCGUCAUCAAUAAGUAUGCAGACGAGCAGCUCAGAUUCAUAGCCAAGCGCAUGAAAGAGAGGCUGAAUCUCUACAAGGAGAAAGUGGCCGAUCAAUACGCUUCAUCCCCAGAGAUCAGCCCUCCCGUCACACCAUUGCUGCGCAAAGACAUCUACGCAAAAGUCAUAGAGGAGAGGAACAAGCAAGCGGAGGAGGAGCGCAUAAGGAAAGAAGAGGCGGACCAGAAGAAGAAAGGGGAGCAGGAGAAGAAAAAGAAGGAGGCCGAGCAGAAGAAGAAAGAGGAGGAGGAGAAAAAGAAAGCAGAGGCCCCAGAUGAGAAAAAAGAGAAGAAGCCGUUGAUGUCGAAGUUCAAAGACGGCGUCUGGCUCUCGGUGGACACGGUGCUGAAACCGCUGGAGACCUUCGUGGACCCGGUGCUGGGGAACACCAUCGACCCUUUCACAGACCGCCGCUACAUCGCCUGGUUGAGCGUGGUGACGUUGGCCUUUAACUACAACACCUGGUUCAUCACAGCCCGACUGUGUUUCCCGUACCACGGCGAGAGCAGCAUCCCGCUCUGGUUCGUCCUGGACACGCUGGCCGACCUCAUCUACCUCACAGACUCCAUCUUCUUCCAGGCCCGCAAACAGUACGUCAAAGCCGGAGACAUCAUAAAAGAUAGAGCGGUGACCAAGAAGAACUACAGAAACACAGACAGAUUCUUGCUGGACGUGAUGUCUGUCCUGCCGUUUGACUUGCUGUACAUGCGGUAUGGAUUCAAGUCCAUUUUCAGAAUAAAUCGCUUGCUGAAGGUGGACACCUUUUUUGAGUUCAGCGACCGUCUAGAGAGCAUCAUGGCCAAGGCGUACAUCUGGAGAGUGAUUCGGACCAUCGGGUAUCUUCUCUUCAUGCUCCACCUCAACGCCUGCUUCUACUAUGUGGCUUCAGACUACCAGGGCAUCGGCAAAACUAAAUGGGUCUACUCCGGUCUGGGCAGUGCGUACCUGCGCUGUUACUACUAUGCUGUCCGCAGUCUGAUCAACAUCGGGGGUCUCAACGAACCUCAUACCGUCUUUGAGAUUACCUUCCAGAUGACCAACUUCUUCACGGGCGUCUUUGUGUUCUCCAGUUUGAUUGGACAGAUGAGAGACGUCAUUGGUGCAGCCACAGCAGCACAGACGUACUUCAGAUCCUCCAUGGACGGCACGGUGGACUACAUGGUGAACAACCACAUCCCCUCCUUGGUGCAGAACCGGGUCCGCACCUGGUACACCUACACCUGGGAUGCACAGGGCAUGCUGGAUGAGUCUGAGCUGCUGGAUAAGAUGCCUCUGGUGAUGAGAACUGCCAUCGCUGUUGACAUCAACCUCACCACCUUUCAGAAGAUAGAUCUGUUCAAGGGCUGUGACCAGCAGAUGUUAGUAGACAUGUUACUGAGGCUCAAGUCUAUUGUCUAUUUACCUGGAGACUUUGUGGUAAAAAAAGGGGACAUCGGCAAAGAGAUGUACAUAAUCAAAAGCGGCGCGGUGCAGGUGGUGGGAGGACCCGACAACAGCAUCGUGUUCGUUACACUGAAGGCCGGCUGCGUGUUCGGAGAAAUCAGUCUGUUGCAAUCAUCCAAAGACGGAGGGAACAGGCGGACGGCUAACGUCAAAGCCUACGGCUUCGCUAACCUCUUCGUCUUGGAGAAGAAAGACCUGUUUGACAUCCUGGUCCACUACCCAGAGUCUCAGAAAGUGUUGGCCCGAAAGGGAAGGAAACUCAUGAAGGCAAAAGGUCCCGCAGCAGCUAAAGGAGAAGUGGAUAAGCAGAAAGGACUGGCGCUGUUUGGGCCCAGACCACCCACGCCCAAAAUGCUGCGUGUUUUCGGUGGAAAGAACUUUAUGAACAGAAUGAAGAAUGCUGCUAGUGGCCAGUGAGGAUUAUAGGGAUAAACUAUAAAGUGGACUUUUAAACAACUCCUUUUUGGGAGUGAAUGUACAGUUUGCGUCUUCUCAGCCUGAGUCUGUGUCAUUUUAAGAUGUAUUGUUAAAAACCGUAAAUCCCCAUAUUGUUUGAAUGUGAUACAAGCAGAUAACACAUGACAAAAAACACCCAUCUAAGGCAGAAAAAAGAUUUAAACCUCAUAAAUGUAUUUAAUAACUUUCUGUCUAUUGCCCAUAUACCUUUUGUAAAGUGCUUGUAAAAGUCUAACAGAGAUUAUCUGUCAGAGCAUAACGAUUUAAUAUUUUAAUUAAUUUCCUUCCUUAAUAUUUGAGAGAGAGAGGGAGAGAGAGAGAGAGAGAGAGAGAGAGAAUGGGACGAGCGAGGUUAAUCCCGUUAGCCAUGCAGGGGCAUCAUGACAGUUGGCCU